UCAUCAAUUUCUAGAUUUGUCAUUACCAAAGAGAUAAGUUUAGGUGUGGUAAAACGAGAACAGAUAUAAUUUCCCAAAAUAAUUAUGUCGGCUACUCUAAAACCAUAUUUGACGGCGGUCCGCCACACUCUUACUUCCGCUAUGUGCCUAGAACACUUUUCGUCCCAGGUUGUAGAACGAUACAAUAAACCAGAAGUGGAAGUGGGAACAAGCAAAGAAUUGUUAUUAAACCCAGUGAUAAUUUCACGCAAUGUUAAUGAGAAAGUUUUGAUUGAGUCAUCCAUUAAUUCAAUUAGGAUAAGUAUUAUGAUUAAACAAGCCGAUGAGAUUGAAAAGAUUUUGUGUAAAAAAUUCAUGAGGUUCAUGAUGAUGCGAGCGGAAAACUUUAUCGUGCUUCGGCGGAAGCCGGUUGAUGGUUACCAUAUCAGUUUCCUGAUAACAAAUUUCCACACUGAACAAAUGUAUAAACAUAAAUUGGUUGACUUUGUUAUUUACUUCAUGGAAGAAAUUGAUAAAGAAAUCAGUGAAAUGAAAUUAGCGGUCAAUGCGCGUGCCAGAAUUUGUUCAGAAGAAUUUUUGAAGAGAUUUUGAAUAAAUUUUCCAAAAUAUAUACUGAAUAAUAAUUCUCAUCAUGUACUGUAGCCCUAUUUCUUGUGCUGGAUUUCUCUGCAUGAAGGUGACAAGAUAUUCCAUUUUAAGUGAGAUAAGUUUUUUGCUUUAUUAUUCAUUAUGUUUCAUGGGGGCCUAUCUGGUGAAUAAUCAAUGGCUUCACAUACAGGAGUAGUAUAAGCAACCUGGAGUCGGCUUUGUCAAAGUUAAAAAUCAAUUGAAUGUAUUGCAAUGCACUGACAUAAUAUUGAACUUUUGCAUUUAUGUGUGUGGUAAUUUAAGUGAUUUGAAAAUGUUUUUAAUUUAUAACAGUAGAAGCAAAUUAUCUGCUAGAUAAAAGCAUAUAUACCAUAUAAAUUUCAGAGGAAAAUUGUGUGAAAUUUGUUUUUAAAUACUUCAUAUGUUGUGGUUUAUUUUUGUAUCAGCAAAAACAAUACCCACUGAAUGCCACACAACUGUACUGGCAAUCUUAUAAUUAAAUCAAUAUUUGAAAUGUAUAACCAUAAUAUUGUAUGAGACUGUCAGCUAUUUACAUUGUAGCAUUUGUAAUAAAAAUAUUUUUAGUAAAUCUGGUCUGAUGAAUGAUCAAAAAAUUAUGUUUCCAUAUCCUUGGACGACAAGUUUGUAUUCUACUGUAGUUUUGUUCAUUGUAAUCAUAAAAUACUUUCUAAGAACAACAAACAUUAUAUUAUUAAUCCUUUUUUUAUGGACAGUUAUCCUAAAACCUAAUAGGAAAAUAAUAAAGCCCCUCUUGUAAAA